AUGAAGGUCUUUUUCUUUCUUACCGCCCUCCUUUCGGCGCCUGCUUUGGGGCAAACUAUCGGUCUACCUGCCUGCGCUGAAACUUGCGUUCUAAAUGGCAUCGGCGCCUCUGGCUGCGCAACCACUGACGCUGGGUGUAUCUGCAUAUCACCUUCCUUCCUGGCCAGCGUUGAAGCUUGCAUUUCUACUGAUUGCGACGCACUUGACCAGGCUGCUACCUUAUCAUUCGCCACGCAGUUUUGCGCCCAAGCUGGCGUCACUAUUUCCGUUCCCUCG